AUGUCCCACACAGCGAGCGCGGAUGGCCCGCCGUCGCUGGGGACGGCGCUGAAGCUACUGCUUGCUUUUACGGUGACCUACACUCUGUGGCGCAUCUACUCGAGGCCUCGUUCGCGGCCGGAGUUGCGGUCGGUUGCAAUCCUCGUGCUGGGUGACAUUGGCCGGAGCCCGCGCAUGAUGUACCAUACGGAGAGUUUCGCGACAAACAAGUUCCUGACAUACCUUGUGGGCUACGGUGGCUCGAAGCCUAUACCCUCCCUCUUGUCGAUGCCGCGGGUCAAGAUUUUGUACUUGAACGAGCAGCCAGCCUACCUGCGCGGACUUCCCUUCAUCAUUGCAGGACCCUUGAAAGUCGUCAGGCAAAUUGUCGACAUCUUUCAUACACUCUUCGUGCGCAUCCCCCAUCCGCCCGAAUUCAUCCUUGUACAGAACCCGCCUAGUAUACCCACACUUGCCAUUGUGUGGUUCGUCGCCAAAUUAAGAGGCUGCAAGAUAAUAAUCGAUUGGCACAACCUGGGUUGGAGCAUACUCGCACUCCGCCUCGGACAGGAUCACGCCUUUGUCAAAGUGGCGAAAUGGUUUGAGUCCUAUUUUGGUCGCACCGCAUAUGCACACCUGUUCGUCACUAACGCCAUGCGCGAAUCUCUAACCAAAGAAUGGAACCUCCAAGGACACAAGGUGGUACUUCACGACCGCCCUCCAGCGCGGUUCCAUCGCGCCUCACCCUCAGAGUCGCACGAGCUCUUUCAGCACCUGCUGCCCUCACUUUCCAGCCCGACUUUGACAUCUUUCCUCCCCACUGCCAAACCGCCGUACUCAACACCUUUCACUCACAUUCCUCCUUCCGGGCCCUCCAGUCCAUCCCCCGGAGCCGAGCAUGACUUCCGCCGCGUUUUCGACCCCAAUGACCUCAGCCCGUUCGGCGAGAAUAUCGCGAUGCCGGACUUGCGCCCGGACCGGACUGCGCUCGUGGUGACCAGCACAUCGUGGACGCCUGACGAGGACUUCGACUUGCUCCUCAACGCGCUUGCGCUGUAUGAGACGCGCGCCCGGGAGUGCGAGGACAGCGGUGAGGGCGACAGAUUGCCGAAGGUGCUCAUGGCCGUCACGGGGAAGGGGCCAUUGCGCGCUAAGUACAUGCGCAAGGUGGAGGGCCUGCAAACCGGAGAUGAUGCGUGGAAGUACGUGCGGUGCGUAAGCAUGUGGCUCGAAGCGGAUGAUUAUCCGCUCUUGCUUGGAUCAUCCGACCUGGGCAUAUCGUUGCACUCUAGCUCGUCGGCACUUGAUCUACCUAUGAAGGUAGUGGAUAUGUUCGGGUGCGGGCUGCCCGUAUGUGCGCUCGGCUUCGAGUGCCUAGACGAGCUCGUCAAGGACAGCGUAAACGGACUGGUGUUUCACGACGCGCAACAGCUCGCGACACAGCUCGAAAGUAUGCUACGCGGAUUCCCGUCCGCGCCGGCCCUUGCGGCCUUGCGCGCAUCCUUCGACCGCGCUGCGCCGCUCGCGUCGGCGAGCGCGGGGACGAGCGACUGGGAGUGGGGUACAUGGGCGGAGAACUGGAACCACACGAUGCGGCCGCUGCUAUUGCGCGACGUCGCGGGCGAGGCGCCGUUGUAAACUCUUAUUGUGCUAAAAGACUCGC